AAUGGGAGGGUGGGGGGUAGGGGGAUAGAGUUUAUUCCAGGAAUUGGAAACAGAAUAUGGGAAUAUCAGAGAAAUGAGAGGGAAACACAAGAUAGGAAAGUAAUUGUCUAGUUUAACUGGAUAUAAUAAUGCCUAAAGAGGAAGGGUGUAAAAUAAGGCUGAAAAAAGGUAGAUUGAAGAUAGCUUUAAUUUUUUUUUACUCACAAAUGUCAAAUAGGUACAUGACCUUUAUCUAUAGACAUUAGGGAACCACUGACAAUUUCUGAAUGGGGUGUAAUCUCAUUGGACCUGUGUAUUUAAGAGAUUACUUUUGAAGAAAUUAUAUUACUUUUGGAAUACUAGUAUAAAAAGCUGGAUUUGGAAUCAUUAAAGGAAUUCUCUAAUUUUCCAUAUGUAAUCCAGUCUGCUUUUCCAUUUGUAUUUAAUUCUGGGCUCAUUUAUAGUGUCUACCAGUAUUGUGUGGCUGUAGAGUCAUAGAACACUAACUUCUCUGAAUGGGAGGCAGCACAAUUCAGUGAAAAGAACACUGACGCUAGGAACUGUUUAAAGAUGGCGGCAGAGAAACCUCAGCAGCAGAACUCUGAGCCUCUGGGAAAUGACUCUGAAGAAGUUAACGGUUUGGCCUAUGAUGGAGCCAUUAUGGCCCAGGAGGAUCAAAUUCAGCAAGAGAUCGCUCUCCAGAAUCCACUGGUAUCUGAACGCCUGGAGUUGUCUGUGCUUUAUAAGGAGUAUGUGGGAGAUGACAACAUCUACCAGGAGAAGAUCAAGGACCUACACAAAAAAUAUUCCUACAUCCGAAAGACUAGGCCGGAUGGCAACUGCUUCUACCGAGCCUUCGGGUUCUCCUACCUGGAGGCCCUUCUGGAAGACAGCAAGGAGCUGCAGAGGUUCAAAGCCAUCUCUGCCAAGAGCAAAGAAGACCUAGUGUCUCAGGGCUUCAUUGAAUUCGCCAUUGAAGAUUUCCACAACACUCUCAUGGACCUGAUCGAGCAAGUUGAAAAGCAAACAUCAGUGGACGAACUCUUGACUGCCUUCAACGACCAGAACAUCUCAGACUACCUGGUGGCAUAUCUUCGGCUGCUCACCUCUGGUUACCUUCAACGUGAAAGUGAGUUCUUCGAGUUCUUCAUAGAGGGGGGACGAACGGUCAAGGAGUUUUGUCAGCAGGAGGUGGAGCCCAUGUCCAAGGAGAGUGACCACAUCCACAUCAUCGCGCUAGCGCAGGCCCUCAGCAUCUCCAUCCAGGUGGAGUACAUGGACCGCGCGGAGGGCCGCUCCACCAACUCCCACGUCUUCCCAGAGGGCUCCGAGCCCAAGGUGUAUCUACUGUACAGACCUGGACAUUACGACAUCCUUUACAAAUAGUUCUGCUUAGCUUCCACUCCAUGGAACAUCAUGCCUCCUCCAGGAUAAGUUGAUCAUCUGAAAUCUCAUCAUCAUUCAGAUUGACCCAGUUUUUUGAUGCUCCACACCUUCUCAACCUCUCCAGUUGCCCCUCUGAUUGGAGGGCUUAGGGUGGGAGCCAUAACCUCCUACUUUUCAGAGGGCUCAGACCUUUGCAAAUAACUCCAUUUUCCAUCAAAAGUUCUUUUUAGUUUCCACUCCAUGGAACCUCCAACAGCUGGUACCUUUGGGUAUCUCUCAACCCUCUUCCUUUGUAAUUUCCUUUUGUGUGCUCUCUUCAGGCACUGCUUUUGUUUUCAUUUUUAUCUGAGCUUAGCAGAGUGCCUGGCACACAGUAGAUACUUAAUAAAUGUUCAUUGAAUUGAAUACACUGC